UCCAUUUGCUGUUGCGUUCACUUCCCUACACAAUAAUGCCUUGAGUGGCAAGUGCUUUCUUGCGUCACUCAUAUGUUUUUUCUUCCCAACACUGUUUUUGUGUAAAGAAAACGUAAAGUUGACGCCUCUCACUGUGCCUAACCUAUCAGUUAUCACUACUCCAUAGUCCACAUGUCAUAGCAACUUGGUUCUUGAAAUCCCAAAUAUCACACAGUUUGUUUAACCUUUACAUUUAUAGCCUCUCACCAAUUUUUAAAGUAAGUAUUUGAUUGACUCUCUAAAGCACCAAAAAAAAACUUUGUUUGGUUGUGCAUUUCAUUUCAAGAUUGAAGCUGCAUUUCCGGGGAAGGAAGCAAAAUGAAAGAGAGAGGCAAAGCUGUGGAAGCUGCAUUCAACAACGACAUGGAAUACUAUUCAUCUUCAUCGGAUCUUCCAUGCAAGAAGCAUCCAUCUUCAACUUCGGUUGGGAUAUGUGCUUAUUGUCUCAAGGACCGCUUGAUCAAGCUGGUUUGCUCUGACUGUGGAGAGCAGCGCCUCUCUUCUUGUUCUUGCUCUGAGAUCUCUUCCAAUCGGAAUUCAUGCACUGUUGAGGUAGGGAGUGUUGGUCGAGUAUCAUUCCUGAUAGAGAAUGAAAGAAGCGAUCUUGUUUCGCAAUCACAUUCCAAAGCCAAAGAGAAAGCUCAUGAGGAUGUCGUGAUGCUCAAGAGGAGUAGUAGCAGUUGUGUUGAGAUUAAAAGAAGUAAGUUUUGGAGAAUUGGGAGGUUGUUUAGGAAGAAAAGGGAAAAGGGUUGUGAGAGAUCGAGUGUUGGAGGUGGGUGUGAUGAUCAGAAAAGUGAUUUGUGGUUGGUUGAUUAUAUGGGUGUGUCUAGGUCCAGGUCACUUUGUAGUUUCAGGGGUACUAGUGGGUUGUUUGGGUCCGAAGAUGGUGGAGAACAUUUGGUUGUGUCAGGUGCUAGGAGUUCUAUUUCUGCAGCCAGAAGUUCUGGUGUCAAUGGGGGUUUACUUUUAGAUUCUGGGAGAAGAAGUGGAUUCAGUGAAGCAGAGCCAAGAAAAAGUGGCUUUGAUAGUGACAAAAAAGAGAGUCAAUUGGAGACUGAAAGGGGCACUGAUCAUCUGAAGGGUGUGAAGAAAGGUGGUCUUUUGGAGCUUGAUGCUGGUUCAAAUGGAGCUAAUAGACGGGUUUUCUCACUCAAAGAGAGUGAUUUCAAUGGUAUGGAUGAAUCGGGCUUUAUUGAUUUGAAGCUUGAUUACUCUUCAGAAUCAUCAAAGCCAGAGUUUUCUGCUGUGAAAAUGGGUGUUGUAGCAGAUCCAGAAGCAGCUGUUGGUAGCAUGAGAGGUAGUGAUUUUGGGGCACAUGAAUGUGGAGUUCCUUUUGGGAAUAUUAUGGAGGAUGGGAGUUUCUGUAAUGGGGGUUCAUGUAGAAUCACAGUGAGUGAGAGAGGGAUCAGUAGGGGCAGGAAAAGCUUGAAGGGUUGGCGAUGGAUUUUCAGGCAUAAUCCAAGCUGGGGAAGUGCAAGGAAGAAGGAUGAAGAUCUUAUGUUUAAAACGUAGUUAUAUGAUGAAUACAUAUAGACAGAAAGUAUAAUUUUGUGCAGAGCAGAGCAAAUCUCAACUUAUUAAUCGGUUUUUU